UGAUAUCAUCAUGUUUCCUGUGAUCUUCCUGGUGGUUUUUUUCUCAUUGGUUUCGGACUCAAACCAAGUUGACACCGAUGUGACCAUCUCUGUUCCCAGUGAAUCAAUUCGUAGUUCAAUGGACCUGAAUGAAGUUCCUCUGAAUAUCAUUGAUCAGGAUAUUCAGGAUCCCUUCGAUGAGACCAUCGCCGCAGAAGGUCAAGAGGCUAUUCCACCUCAAAUUGUGGAAGGCCCUGAAAAUACGUUCGCCUUCCUGCACAAGCGUGUGGAAUUAAUUUGUAAAGCCGUCGGUAAUCCAGCUCCUAAAAUCGUAUGGCACUCCAAAAAGGAUCGGAACUUACUACGCGUCGCUCACAACUAUCGUAUUCAUAAAAAUGGAUCUCUGAUUUUUCGAUCUGUGGAAAAGAGCGAUGAGUCCAAAUAUGGUUGCGUGGCAAAGAACUCUGCUGGGAAAGAUGAAUCGGGAUUUGUUCAACUCAACGUGGAUGCCAAAGUAGAGAUCGUAAAAUGCCCCGAUGUUGUCCGAGAGAAAUAUGGCACCCCAAUCGAUCUUCAGUGCGCGGCUAUUGGAGAUCCUCCUCCAUUAAUCACUUGGUUAAAAGAGGGUUCACCGCUUCCAAUCUACAAGUGGAAAUCAGAGGUCGUGAAAGGCAAUGAUGAAUUCAAACCUUUUUCAUACUACUCUCGAUCCGUGCUGAGGAUCAACGUUACUGAGAUGGCCAACUAUACUUGCUAUGCCAUCAAUCAAAUGGAUGGGGGGCGCCAAUCCUCGGAUCAAAGGUCUUUCAUGGUUUAUGUGGAAUCAGGAAAUGAUGGCUCUGACUUUGAAAAGGAUUACUCUCAAGGCUAUUGUGCUCCAUACAGUGGCAAAUUGUGUCGAAAGUUUCUUCAGGGUCGUGGUCUGGUUUGGUUUCAUGUGUCCCAAGAUAACUCAGGAGGAUGGCUCAAUGAGCAGAUCGCUCAAAACUUGUGGAAUGAAGUGAUAGAAAACUUGUUGGAACCAUGCAAGUCGGCUGCCGAAAAUUUGCUUUGCAAGUACGCUUUUCCGGAUUGUGUGCUUCAUGAAGGUAAUGCAGUUGGGCUUCCACUAUGUCAGGAGGAUUGCAUAGCGAUCCGAAAUCAUUAUUGUUUCAAUGAUUGGACCAUGAUUGAGGACAACAAGAAAAGGAAAGUGUUCAUCAAAUCUCGGGGUCAUUUUCGUCUCCCGGAGUGCGAAAAGCUCCCGAAGCAUAAUAACUCCACGAAGACUUGCACAAAAUCUUCCAUUACGAAUAUGCGAUGGGAUCUAACCUCAUCAACUUGCGUGAAAGGAAACGGGCAAUUCUAUCAGGGCAAUGCCAAUCAGACUAAGGACGGUCUUGAUUGCCAGACUUGGUUCACCAAUGAUCCACAUCCUCAAACUAUCCCAGAAGGGAUUUUUCCGGAAAUGCACAAUGCCAAGAACAAAUGUCGAAAUCCAGGUGGAUCUGAGCCGCACCCCUGGUGUUACACCUCCGAUCCGACAAUUCGAUGGCAGUUUUGCGAAAUACCACAGUGUGAUAACGUGACAACAACCACUCUAGCUCCUCCGGACGACUUGUUCAACUACGCCAUCGAGUUUGAGAUCUUUGGAAAUGAGUUCAUUCUUCAAGAGUUCAUGAGUCCCACAUUUUUAAUCCUGGCAGGGGCCGUGGCCCUCACCUUUCUUUUCAUUCUGAUUCUAAUGACCUUAAUCUGUAUUCGGAUUUGUUGCCAAUCCAAGCCCGGUUAUACGACACCCGCUGGCCAGGAGUCUGAAAUCGAUCUUGACAAAUUGCCCCAAAAUCAAACCUAUCACAACACAGAGGCUCAACUUAACCCCAAACUGGAGAAAUUAGAAUUUCCACGCAAUGAUAUCAUCUACCUGCGAGAUAUCGGUCAAGGUGCUUUUGGACGUGUAUUUCAAGGCAAAGCUCCAGGGUUGAUUGCGGGCGAAGAAUUCACGAUGGUGGCCGUCAAAAUGCUCAAAGAAGAGGCUUCCGACGACCUUCAGCGUGACUUUGAGAAAGAGGCAUCCCUCCUGGCCGAGUUUGAGCAUCCCAAUAUUGUUAAGCUGUUGGGUGUGUGUGCCAUAGGUCGGCCAAUGUGUUUGCUAUUCGAAUUCAUGGCUAAAGGUGAUCUCAACUCGUAUUUGAGGGCUUCAAGUCCGGCCAAUUAUAUUGUCCGAUCGGGGAGUAAUGCGAGCAGCAGCUUUAAUGAUGCCAAAAUCACUCAUAUCGAGCAAAUCAACAUCAUCAAGCAAGUGUGCAAUGGGAUGGUGUACCUCUCAGAUCGAAAGUUUGUGCACCGAGAUCUGGCUUCUCGGAACUGUCUGAUGGACAAUCUAGGAUCCGUGAAGAUUGCCGAUUUUGGCCUCUCUCAGAAAAUCUAUCUCCAGGAUUAUUACAGAGGCGACGAGAGUGAUCAGAUCCCAGUACGAUGGAUGCCCUUAGAGUCCAUCAUCCACAACAAAUACACCGUGGAGUCAGAUGUUUGGGCCUUCGGCAUCCUUCUGUGGGAAAUAUUUAGUUAUGCUCUCCAACCUUAUUACGGCUUGUCCCAUGAGGAAGUGAUUAAAUUCCUCAAAGAGGGCAAUGUUCUUCACUGCCCGGAGAAUACUCCCAAAUCCGCCUACCGAGUCAUGCUCUCCUGUUGGCACUCUAAACCUGCGAAUCGUCCCUCAUUCCGAGCUCUACUGAAAGAGCUCGAGACCAUCGAGCGCGAGCUCAUUCUCAUUCAAAAGCAUUAUCGAAGUCAGAAAUCGAUUCUCUCUGUAGAUUCAGGUCGAAACACUCCGCAAUCUCCUAAAUCGUUUGUUUGAAGUCAAAAAAAGAACCAAGGCAAGAAGACCUCGAUCAUCGUGUCUCCCAUUUCCUGUGAUCUCAGCAUUUUAUUUCAUUUUUAUACCGUGCCCUGUCUGACAGAUGCUUUUUUAUUAGGUUGUCUACGUGAGGUCCAUAAAUCCUACAACGACGGAUCGGAUUAAAAUCUGAUGAAGCCACCGACCACUUUACAUAUUCCUAUUUCCAUGUUCAAACUUUCAAAUCAUUGUGGCCAUUAGUGCAAUUGGCAAGACUUGUAAGAUCAUGUCUACGCAUAGUGCUAAGAUAAGUGUAUUGAAAAUACGUGCCGUAAUAAAGCAAAAUACCAAUAAGUUUUGCGUCACGAAUCGUUGCCUAGUCUUCUCCAUUAUAGUUUCGAACUACGA